UCCCGCCAUUACGUAGUAGUCCUUCGUCAUUGUUUACUGCUUAACAAAAGUUGGUUAUGGAUGCCAUGUUAUCUUUAGAAGAUUUGGUUUUUUACUGCAUAAUUAGAAACUUUGAAGACUUGAAAGAUAAUCCUUUUUUCUUGAAACGCCUACGGCAAAAAAUCAUUCCGCCAGCUAUCUGUAACAAAUUGUUUAACGGAUUGAAUAGCUUUUAUGGAGGAAUUCCAGAAGUUUUCGUUGAAGCUUUUACCUCCAAUAAUUUUCAAUUAAACAGUGUAACGUUUAGUGAUAGAAAUAUUGAUGAUGAAAAAUGCAUUGAAAUUUUCAAAGAUCACGAGAUUAAGCAUCUUAAUCUGUUUCAAUUGGGUUUGUUAACUGUGGAAGAUUUUUUUGAAUUUGUUGAUUUUCAAAAAUUAGAAUCUUUAUCGAUUAAUUACUGUCAAGCUUUAUCAUGCAAGCAAUCGUUUACAAAACCAAGAAAGACUGAAACAGAUGAACAGCCUGAUACAUCGUUCGUGAAUUUUCUGGUAAAGUCUCCUCCUCUACACAACCUGACAAAAUUAGACGUAUCAAAUACAAAGAUAAAAGAUAUUCAAUUUUACUUCAUUACUAGAAAAGCUGAAUUUUUGGAGGAUAUUAAUAUAUCUGAUACAUAUAUAACUGAUCUUCGAUUGUUGAAAAAACAAUCAAAUCUUCAAUAUCUAGAUUGUUCACAACUCAGCAGACUUGCAAGCCGCCAAUACAUACAUCUUCAUUGUUUGACGAAAUUGAAACAAUUGCGUUUUGGUUUCCAUUCAAAGAAAAUAGCAAAACUUCGAUUGGGUUGGAAUACUGAAAUUAAUCCUCUUUACAAAGAUUUAAUUAGUAAAGAUGAUUUAGAAGAUUUUAUUAGCGUUCCUGACGCAUUCAAAUGCAGACAAUUUUGGAAUAUUUCAGAGUUUUUAGUAUUGGCUGACUGGAAAGAUUUGACCUUUUUCGAUUUAGUUGGAAGAUUUGAACCUUCUGAUAAAAGUAUUUGCCACUUUAUAAGACAGCAUGAUAAACUGCUAUAUUUUGGGACACGUUACGAUGAGUUAGAUAUUGACCGGCUGUCUUUGGAAACUAAUAGAAAUUUAAGAAAGUUAAUGGAUAUUAAUUACUAUGAGAGAAAGUUGAGCAGAAGCGAAAUGUCAUUUAGGGCAUUGUAUUCGAAUUAUACUCCAUCGAAAAAUCCGUUCAAACUAUCGUAUUUUGAACACGAUAUGGAAACAACCGAAAUUGUUUUUAAGCAUGUUGUAAUCCGUAAAGUGAAUGAAUACAAGCAGAACAUUCCUAAAUUGAAGAACUUGAGACUCUGUCAAAUACUUGCUGAUGAACUUGUCCAUUCGAAUCGUUACCUAAGUUCUUUGAACUUUGACCUAGGUAACGCAUGCUUAAAAAUUCUUUGCUUGGAUAUUGACAAAUCAGAGUAUUUUUUUACAAUACUUUCGCAAAUUGCUCAGAUAUUCUUACGCAAAGAUUUCCGUUUUGCAAGCUCCAUACAUUUUACUUUUAUAGAAGUUUUGGCAAAGUAUAAAAAAUCUUUCAGAACGGUAACAAACAUCAACUAUAUUUAUAAGAAAAUAUUCAAAAUUCCAUGUUUGAAGAACAAUGAAGGAUAUUAUCUUUAUUAUAGUUUCUUUGCGUUUAUAAAAAGUUUGAUCAAGUUUCUCGAAGAUAUGGAUAUUGAAAGUAUGUCGCCAAAGGAAUUAAAAUAUCUUUGCUUAGGUAUGAAGAAUAUAGCGAAAUGGAGAGAGUGGGAGGGAUGCGAAGAUCUUAUUAGGAGACUUCGCACUGUUGUUUCCAAGAUAUACAACUAUUGCUCACAGAAAUUUAAUUGGAAUAUAUCAUCCUUAAACUAUGAAUCAACCCCAUUUAAACGAAAGUUUAUUCUUAGGGGUAUUCAACAGUGGACAACCGAAAGUGGAGAAGAGUACGAUGAUGAAUUCUCAUGUCUGGAGCAAAGUUCUAGUGAAGAUGAUGACUGGAGCACGGAAAAGUAAUUUGUCGUUUACAUUCAAUAUUAUAGUGUAUUAUUUUAUUGUUUUGAAUUAUAUUUUGAAAUUAAUUGUGUCAUAUUGAUCAGUUUUCCAUUGUAGGUUGUAGACGUAUUAUGCAAUUAAUUCAAUUUUUCUAUUCAAAAUUUAUAAAAUUUUCUCAAAUAUCAUAAAUAAACAACA